AUGACGCUGGUUCUUGAUAUGAACUCCACUGCCGGACGCUCUGGUUCUGAAGAACUGCUGAUACGAAGAAAAUCUACAAUUGCCAAAAUCCUCAGGUCUUUCAGUAGCUCCAGCUCGAGCUCCAGCCCUAUCCAGCGCAGGGGAAAGCCAACCAUUUCCAGCCCCACGGCUGCCUUCCAAAGCCCGAGCGGAUGCUUGAAUACUAAGCGCAGUCAAGUGUUUUUCGAUGUGUGUCAGGACUUCCUUCCUCAUGAAAGCGAUAAUUUCGGCUUCCCAGGGACACGCUCGGCUGAUGGCUCUGUGGAACCACGCUUUGCUCAACAAGGACUUGGAAACCAAAACCAGCUUUUGAACGUGCACCGUGGUGAAAUUGUGCGGCUGGUUGAAAACAUGCCUAAUAACUUGGUAUUGGUGCGUCUAGAAUAUCGCCUAGGCCAAGGGCUGGUACCGGCUAGAUGUCUCACUCUAAACAAUACCCUAACACCAUUCUCACAAACAUUGACUCUGGCGAACCAAUUUUUGACACCUCCAAAGUCAAACGAUGCCCUUUCGUCGUCCUUGGAUCUGGAUCAGCAGCAUUUGAAAUGCCAGGAUGUCUCAGCUGAGUCACAAGAUAAUCGAAGAGCUCUUCUCCCACGUCCUUCUUUUUCUUUGGUAGAUCCUAUAUCAAUCGAUGGAUCAUUGGCUAUUGCUAGUUGUCAAGUGAAGGCCAUUCAUAUCACUGAAAAUCGAGUUUGGUACAGAAUCGAUUGCGUCAUGAAGUCUGGCCACCAUCGUGCUCUUUCAAGAUUCUAUCAGGAUUUCUACUCGUUGCAUCUCUUACUCAGGGACCAGUUGAUUGUUAGUGGUCACCAAAAUGUUCAAGACUUACUUCCAGCUCUUCCCUCGCCAUGCACAGCUGUAAGCUCCACGCAGAUCGAAAACAGACUUCACGACUUUAACACAUACCUCCGCGACAUCAUCGCCUCGCCAUCCAUUUCCCAAGAGAUAAAGAGAGCUUCAAUUGAAGAAGAUUGGCUCGCUCCUAGGCCAGGCGACCUGGUAAAGACCCCUAGAGAGCUCAUUUACAGAGUCAAACGAGAGUCUUCGCAGCAUUCUAAAGCAUGUCAAUGGGAACCUGUAACAGAUUUCAGCAGUUCCUUAACCCCAUCAGCUCCUGGUGAUAUUUGGUCGACAAAACAUAAGGCCACUAUACGGCAGAGGCGGGUCACGUCACUCAGCGAAAUCACUCUAAAAGUUGACACAGUUGACACUAGCAUUCACACCCCAGCCUCCAACUCAGCUCCGGCAACGCCAAUUUCUCAAGCACGUCCCUUUGAUUCCUAUGAUAAUCCAACCCCUUCUUCUCAAGGUCAAAGGCAUAUAAAGGUGAAGGUACUUUAUCAAGAAGAGUGCUUUGCUACUAGGUGCUCGUUAUCAGACUUGGAGUCAUAUCAGCAGCUACACCAACUGUGUCAUUCCAAGGUGAAAGAUUACUUGCCGGAUGUAGACAUACCAUUAAGGAUAACAAGCAUGAAUGAUAAAAAAGAUCCAGUAUUACUUAACGGUGAAACAUUCAGUCGAUUCAUAGCAGCAUUGAAUGGGACCAAAUUUGCUGCCCACAAUAUCACACAUCACCAACUAAAAAAGCUAGUGGUGCGUGUCUCAGCAUAG